CACCAUUAGAUAAUAGAUAAGGGAGGAAGAAGAGAGAGAAGAGAAGUGAUUUGAAAUGGCGAGUUCACAAACAGUUUCAACUGCUUUCCUCUCAGCUGGGUCUUCCGUUAUCAAAGCUCCGACCCGACACAGAUUCCCGCUUGUCCGUACUCAGAAACGGGUCAAUUUCAAGAUUCAGGCAGCAGUGAAGAUACCUGGCGGAGUGGAAUUUCCGAAAGAAGAGCCGAAAUUCCGGGCACCUUUUCUUGGGUUCACAAGAACAGCUGAAACUUGGAAUUCCAGAGCUUGUAUGAUGGGCCUCAUCGGAACUUUCAUUGUUGAAUUGAUUCUGAACAAGGGCAUACUUGAGAUGAUUGGUGUGGAAAUCGGAAAAGGCCUCGAUAUUCCUCUUUGAGCAAUUCCAGCACCACCACAUAUUUCAACUUUGUAUUUAAUUACAAUAUUACCCCAUCUUUGUAAUAAUACAACGUUUGCCAUAUUACCAGUCUUGUUUAUUUCUGCCCCCA